GCGCCAUGAAUCAGAGCUCCCAGAUGUGGCUGUACCUUAGCUUGCUGCCUUUUUUUGUCCGACGCGGGUUGGCCAAUCCGAACUUCGCGUUGAGAAGGCUGGGUCACUGCCUUCGUGCCUGUUUAUUCAUUCUCAGUACAAAGCUCACGGCGCAACCAGUUUCAGCAGUGCAAACAUCAAUUCUUUAAAGAUCUGUUUUUCAUCUGAGAUUAGUCGCGUGGCCAGUUGGAAGCUUCGCUCAUAAGCCACUAAGCUUCUGAGUCUCAGGAGCGGGAUCCCAAAGCCAAAAAGACAGAAAAAGGGCCACCGACUGGCUUUCAACUUUCUCUCCUUCGGCACACCGCGAUCAUGUCGACCCUUUUUGGCGGUGCUUCAGCUGCAUCAACGACAAGCAACACCGUCGGUGACCUUAAGCAAGACGUCGCACUCUCAGACCCCCCUACUGAUACCAUCUCCGACCUUUCCUUCUCCCCUGCGCCAAACGGGCCUGACUUCCUCGCCAUCUCCAGUUGGGAUAACAAGGUUCGCAUUUACGAGAUUGCUGCCAAUGGCCAGAGUCAGGGCCGACACGCCUACGAGCACAGCCAACCUGUGUUGAACUGCGACUUCUCCAAGGAUGGAACAAAAGUCGCCUCUGCUGGCGCUGACAAGAAUGUCAAGGUCUGCGAUCUUGCCUCCCAGCAGGACGCCGUUAUUGGCACACACGACCAGCCAGUGCGAACAUGUCGAUUUUUCAUGAACGAUGGUAACCCCAUGGUGGUCUCGGGCUCGUGGGAUAAGACGAUCAAGUACUGGGAUCUUAGACAACAGGGACCUGCGGCAACCGUACAAUGCCAGGAGCGAGUUUAUACGAUGGACGUCCGCGAUAAUCUCUGCGUUGUCGGCACCGCCGAUCGAUACAUCAAUGUUAUUGAUCUCAAGAACCCUACCAAAUUCUAUAAAACCCUGCAGAGCCCUCUCAAGUGGCAGACCAGGGUGGUUAGUUGCUUUACUGACUCUGCUGGUUUUGCUAUCGGUAGUAUCGAGGGUCGUUGCGCUAUCCAAUACGUCGAAGAUAAGGACUCCAGCUCCAACUUCUCUUUCAAGUGUCAUCGCGACCCCCCCGCCAACAGCGUCACAAAUGUCUAUGCCGUCAACGAUAUUUCUUUCCACCCCGUUCAUGGCACAUUCAGCACUGCUGGUUCCGAUGGCACAUUCCACUUCUGGGACAAGGACGCCAAGCACCGUCUCAAGGGCUACCCUAAUGUUGGUGGCAGCAUCACUUCCACAACCUUCAACAAAAAUGGUUCCAUCUUCGCCUACGCUGUAGGCUACGACUGGGCCAAGGGCUACCAGCACAAUACUCAGAACUACCCUAUCAAGGUGAUGUUGCACCCUGUCAACCAGGACGAGUGCAAGCCCAGGCCAUCACUCAAGAAGCGAUAAAGGAUCACACGAAUAUCAAGAGGACGGGCUGUAGAGGAGGGAAUGGAUUUCGUUGGUCGAUUAAUAGUUAGUUGCGAUUAUGUACUGUACCACAAUUGGUGAAGACUCCAAGAUUGAUAGGAAAGGGCCGAAAAGGAUGGAAUGUUGAGUUUGGACCAAAAAGAGCAAGGCAAUCCAGGUGGUGGUGUUUUACGAGAGAUGAUACCAUAGAUGCAAUAAAACAUCAACACAAACCUGGCAUAGUAUCCAAUGGCAUUCAGCUUCACACAUGUCAUCAUAUGGCAACGCAGUGAGAUGAGCCCAUAAGCUUGCGGACAAAUACGUUGACGAUCUGGCAGCCAUUAUUCACCAGUUAUAAAGCUUGAGUUGCAAGGAUAGCAAAGGAUUGGUAUUGAUGACAGUCUGCCACCUGGGCUUUCACUUUAUCAUUGUGUAUCGAUGUAUAAAAAAAAGGAUGGUUCUUAGCCACAGGAGCCUCUUGUAGCGGGC